AUGCCGAAGCCUGCGCGCGCUGAGAUCAGCGCGCCCAGGCUUCGCGGACCUCUCCGCGAGCCGCGGCAGCGCGGCCGCUGCUUGCGGAGAGUUGCCGGCAUGCCGAAGCCUGCGCGCGCUGCGAGCCGCGCGCCCAGGCUUCGCGGACCUCUCCGCGAGCAGCGGCAGCGCUGCCGCUGCUUGCGGAGAGCUGCCGGCAUGCCGAGCCUGCGCGCGCUGAGAUCAGCGCGCCCAGGCCUCGCGGACCUCUCCGCGAGCAGCGGCAGCGCUGCUGCUGCUUGCGGAGAGUUGCCGGCAUGCCGAAGCCUGCGCGCGCUGAGAUCAGCGCGCCCAGGCUUCGCGGACCUCUCCGCGAGCAGCGGCAGCGCUGCCGCUGCUUGCGGAGAGUUGCCGGCAUGCCGAGCCUGCGCGCGCUGA